GUUCUACACUACGACAUAUCCCGCCACAAUGAACACAGUCCCUGCACCCCAGCGCACCCCUCUUCGCCGCGUCUCGCAGGGCUCCCUCUUCCGCCUCUCGCGCUCGACCGCAUACCCCGACGCGCCGCAUGGGCUGGGCUUCCUCGAACCCGCGCUCGGCGAGCUCCUGGACGAAGCCGAGGCGCUCAACAACAGCGUCCAAGGCCUGCGCAACCUCGGCGACGCGCUGAGCACCUUCAACGAGAGCUUUGCCAGCUGGCUCUACGUGAUGAACAUGAACGCGCUCACGGUCGACUGGCCGCAGGCACCGACGACCGCAUCCUACGAGCUCGCAGCUCGUAGAGCCGAGGGAGACGCUGCUGCAGCGCUCGAAGCCCUUCGCGCAACUGAAGCCGCCGCCAACCGCCCACCAACGCCUGACUCCCCCACCUUCCGCACCACGACCACCGCACCACCCGGUGACGAGCCCGGAAACGAGACCGUCCUCGCCGGCGCCACCGCAGCCUCUGCCAACACCGCCGCGUCCGGCUCGAAGGUGCCCACGAAGAAGAAGGUCGUCAAGCCCAAGCUGACGGCGAAGGAGAAGAAAGAGCGCGGGUUCCUAGUGGAGAAGGUCGCGAACGCCUUGCCGCUGGAGUACCGCGGGAGUGACCCGAACUUGAGGCGGUGGCUUGAGCAGAUCGUCGAUGGGUUUUUGGACCGUGCAGGGAGGGGUGUGGGCAUUCUUGAGCUGGUGAAGCCACCAGACCUGAACCAAGCACGCGUGAACAAGUGUCUGAUUGCGCUGGUGAACCGAAAGAUUGUACAGAAGGACAACAGCACCGGUGCUGUUCUAUACCAUUGGCACGGAUUGCCGGCCUGAACUGUAUACCCAUGACAUGUAGCAUAAGCUGUAGCGCGAAAUCGUUUCCAUUUGCUCCAUCUCUAUUCAACUACAGACAG